UGUCCUUUCUCUCUGGCGUUAGUAUCAGUACUACACACGAUGGGGAAGUUGCAACAGUUUGGCUUAACAUACGACGGGAACGUCAAUUUGUUUUCUCAGGGCGAUGUCAUCAAGGGAGAGGUUGUGCUGAUGGUGGACAACGACAAAGGUUACGGCUUGAAAGACGUCAAAGGUAUUUGGAUCCGGUUUCAAGGCAAGGCUAAGACGAAAUGGACAACAACAAGUCACAGCAACAACAGCAGCCAAACUCAUACCCACACUUUGAAAGAAAGCUAUUUCGACAAUUAUGUAGUGGUGUUUGGAAGAGGGAAAUACCAGUAUGAGAUGAAGGGUUUGCACCUUCCUUCAGGCAGGAACAGCUUUCCUUUCCAGUUCCAGCUUCCGAUGACGCCUUUGCCGUCUCCCUUCGAGGGGAAGUACGGCUACAUCCGCUACCGCGCUAAGGCAACCGUGUCAUUAAUCCGGAUAUUCUCCAACAAGGACUACAAAUGCGAGAAGCUGUUCAGCAUGACUGGACCGACGCUGGACCUCAACCAGCACCCAAAUACCCAGUCAGAGGUGCAACAUCGUGAAGAGAUAGUCGCAUGUUGUGGUUGUGGAUGCUCCCCUGAAUCGAUCAUCACAGCUGGUCUGCCAAAGAAGGGUUUCGUUCCCGGCGAAGGUAUCUACGUCAUUGUUCACGUGGACAACCAGGACGGGGACGAGACAAGGAUGUUUACAGCAGCUUUGUUUCAGUACAUUACAUACCGAUCAAAAGGCUACACGAAAACAAAGAAGUAUUCUUUAAGGGAACUGCAUUUGAGGGUGGCAUGCCCAAAGGGUCGGGUCACAGACUUCAACGUGGGUCCCCUUACAGUACCCCCGGUACCACCUUCGGGCCUUCCCGGCUGCAAUAUCAUUGAUAUUGAUUACUAUGUCAAGAUUGAAAGCUCCGGGUUCUAUGCCAAGUUAAAUGUGAUUAUCGGCACAGUACCUCAUCGGACCGUCACACGGCCCCCUACCGCUGUCGCCUCUGCGCCGUCUGCUAAUGGCGCCGGAAUAGAAUUGUCCGGACUCACCAACAGUCCAUCAGCUCCUCCACCGAGUUACGAGGAAGCGGUCGGGGUGAUUGACCGACUCACUCGAGAAGGGAGCUCUGAGGAUUACUUCAAUCAAGACCAGUUUGUUCCUCGCUAUCCUUACUUCAAUCUGACGGUCGAUGUCCCGCCUGCUCAACAGUAAGGGACCAGCAAAAGAAGGGAGAACAAACUCCCGUAUACUGUGAGGGAAAUCGGGAAGUCUUCUUGAUCAUAAAGAGUUUGGUUUUAGGUUUGAGGUGAUAAUAAACAAGAAGAUUUUCCAAAGAAGUGUAGGAUCAGACGUGGCUUGAAUUCUCAUGAAGGGCAAUUUCAAAAUGAAAUCUUAAAUUUCACAUCUUCUUCCCACAAGUAAAAUUGACAUUUCAAUUAUUGUGUAAUGUGGUGUUUAAAACUGUUGCUGAGGAGUUUAAUAACCUUGUCGGUCACGACAUUUUCAGUAAAAUCCCAUUUGUAUUUUCGUCUAUUACUGUUGUACAUACCUCUCCAUACGCUGUGGAAGUAGAUCGUAGAUUCAAGAUGGGAAAUAUGUUGCGCAUAAUUAUGACUGCAUUUCCACUAUUGCUCGCUUUCCAUGUACUUCUCAGUUGAUACUUCACAUCCGUACGAAUCUGACAAAAGUUGGAUCCGUGACUGUUAUUGGGAAUGUUUUGUAAUAGGAGUAAUAUUAACAAGGCGUGCGGUGAGCACAAAGCUCUGAAAUACAGCCGAGGGAUUCGGAAUAAAAUGAGAUAAUUGGGAAUUUUUUAGAAGUGAAUACCAAGUUUCUUUUUGGAGGUUGAAAAUUUUAUUUUCAAUUGUGUUUUGCGCAGAUUUUUACAUGAAGAUGUGUGAGGCUGGGAAGUGUUCUGUGUACAAUAUGCCAUUUUUUUUUCUGAAGCUUCAUGUUAGUCAGUGAAUAAUCUUGCCGCUGUAGAUUAGAUAGGCUGAUAAUGUUUAAUUUUUUUGUCGAUGAUGAAGAUUUGGUCAAUCUGUGUCUUAUACAAACAUAGGGUCGACAAGUAUGUAAAAAAAGAGUUAUUUCCCCAUGUAUAAAUGUUAUAUUUUUAAACAAAACUAUGUUUUCUACUCUAUUACAAAUCUCUAUUUCUGUUGUGUUUUAAUUUUAGAAAUGUAUAGUAGAAGUACGAUUUUGACUAAUUUCUAAAAUAUUGGAAGAAAUGUUGCUCAGUUGUGGAUCAUUCUUUUGUACGACCACAUUCAAGCUGUAUUCAAAGUGCAUUUGCUCACAAACGCGUCAUUGUCAAAGAUAUAUAUGUUUCCUCAAAAAGUUCCAAAAAACUACACGUAUUUUGAAAUAAUAUCUACAUACUUUUUAUGUCAGUCUGUACAUAAACCUAAUUUAUAAAAAUCAGAUCAGCAACGAUAUGACAUGAACUAGCAGUGAAAAUGAAAACUUUCAAUUGAAAGUAAAGAGCGCCAAUGAUAUAGGCUUUCUUGGUCAAUUUCGACAAGUGAGCAGCAAAUUUAACUUUCGAACCUUUGAAUUAAAGCGAUUUUGCUUCUCAAGUUUUUAGCAUGUGUUUAAAUCAGUAAAACACUUUAAUUUUUAUAAUCUAUCCUGUAGAAUUCAUAUGCGGCCUGUUGGCCGUCUUUUUUGUCAGUUUUUUUUGGGGGGGGUCUUAAUUUGUUGAGUGACCAAAAGCUAUUUUUUGUCUUUGUGUUCGUGAAAUAUUCACGUUUUUUAUUCGUUGGGUGCUUUCCCACGCCUACUUAAGAGGGCCCUUGGAAGGGCAACUCUUCCAGGAAACCUUGCCGGUUUUUAUCAAACGCUUUGUGAAUAAAAUUCACUUGACCGAUAACCUGA